CGACGCCCCGCCCCUCCGCGCCGACGUCCUGAAGAAGGGGGUGGGGCCACGCCAGCGUCCGCGCCAUCAGGCUCGAGGUGGCGGCGAGGUCUCUUAGUGUAUGGUUUUCCCAGCCAAGCGAUCCUGCUUGGUGCCAGCCAUGGAGGGCGUGCGCUGGGCCUUUUCCUGCGGUACUUGGCUGCCGAGCCGCGCCGAGUGGCUGCUGGCGGUGCGAUCGAUCCAGCCCGAGGAGAAGGAGCGCAUCGGCCAGUUCGUCUUUGCCCGAGACGCUAAGGCAGCCAUGGCUGGCCGUCUGAUGAUAAGGAAAUUAGUUGCAGAGAAAUUGAAUAUUCCUUGGAAUAAUAUUCGUUUACAAAGAACUGCUAAAGGAAAACCAGUUCUUGCAAAAGACUCCUUGAACCCGUAUCCCAAUUUCAACUUCAACAUCUCUCAUCAAGGGGACUAUGCUGUACUUGCUGCUGAACCUGAGCUGCAAGUUGGAAUUGACAUAAUGAAGACUAGUUUCCCAGGUCGUGGUUCAAUUUCUGAAUUCUUUCAUAUUAUGAAAAGAAAAUUUACCAAUAAAGAAUGGGAAACAAUCAGAAGCUUUAAGGAUGAAUGGACUCAGCUGGAUAUGUUCUAUAGGAAUUGGGCACUGAAAGAAAGCUUCAUAAAAGCUGUUGGCGUUGGGCUUGGGUUUGAGUUACAGCGUCUCGAAUUUGAUAUAUCUCCAUUAAACCUGGACAUAGGGCAAGUUUAUAAAGAAACACGUUUGUUCUUGGAUGGAGAAGAAGAAAAGGAAUGGGCAUUUGAGGAAAGUAAAAUAGAUGAGCAUCAUUUUGUUGCAGUAGCUCUUAGGAAACCAGAUGGAUCUACCCAUGAGGAUGUACCAUCUCAUGAUGAUUCUAAACCAGCACAGAGGCAGUUUACUGUUCUCACCUUCAAUGAUUUAAUAUCAUCUGCUGUUCCUAUGACCCCUGAAGAUCCUUCAUUUUGGGACUGUUUUUGUUUCACAGAAGAAAUUCCAAUACGAAAUGGUACAAAGUCAUGAUAGGAUUCCCUAAGUAAGAAAGGGAAAUGAAAAAUGUUUAUAAUUUUCCAUAGUCAUUAAAAACCAAAUUCCUAGUAGUAUCAAAUUUUAUUUCACGAAACAGUUCAAACAAAAACUUUUCCUACUAAAAAACAAACUCCCAAUUCAAGGUAACUUAAUGGAAUGCAUAUUUACCUUUCUCCUCCCCAAUCAUGUUGGAUUAACAGAAGCAAUAGAAAGGACAACAGAGCACUAAAGUGAUAACCGCUUAUUGUA